CUCGCUCGAUCCCACAGGCAGCUGGAGGAGGACGGCGGCGAUAACAAUCAUGGAAGCCUUGUCUUCCUCCUUCCUCUCCUCCUUCUCCUCCAAAACACUCCUCAAAUCCGCCGUUAAUCCUCCUCCUCCGCCGCCGCCUUCCUUUUCUCCUCCUGUUCCCUCCAUCACCUCCGUCCGCACCGAUGAAAGACCCCCCAAAACCACCACCACCACCACGACAAGAUCUCCUCCGCCGCCGCCUCGACAAACACCGCCGGCGCCGGCCUCAUCACUCCCCAGAACUGCCGCCACUCCACUACCGCCGCCGCCACCCGCCAGAGCCAGAAGAGACACGUCGCUCCCCGUGACCAUCUUCAACGCCCUGGACGACCUCAUCAACAGCUUCAUCGACCCGCCGGUCAAGCCCUCCGUCGACCCCCGCCACGUCCUGUCCGACAACUUCGCCCCCGUGCUCGACGAGCUCCCCCCUACCGAUUGCCUCGUUGAGUCCGGCAGCCUCCCCGCCUGCCUCGACGGCGCCUACCUCCGCAACGGCCCCAACCCUCAGUUCCUCCCCCGUGGCCCCUACCACCUCUUCGACGGCGACGGCAUGCUCCACUCCAUCAAAAUCUCCCGCGGCCGUGCCCGCCUCUGCAGCCGUUACGUCCGCACCAACAAGUUCUCUGUCGAGCGCAGCCUCGGAAUGCCGGUCGUCCCCAACGUCUUCUCCGGGUUCAACGGCCUCGCCGCCUCUGCAGCCCGUGGCGCGCUCACGGCGGCACGCAUGGCGGCCGGCCAGUUCAACCCGGCCAACGGCAUUGGCCUCGCCAACACGAGCCUGGCCUUCUUCGGGAACCGGCUCUAUGCCCUCGGCGAGUCAGACCUUCCCUAUGAGGUCCGGGUCACGUCGGAUGGCGACGUCGAGACUGUCGGGAGGGAGGAUUUCGACGGCAAGCUGUUCAUGAGCAUGACGGCUCACCCCAAGAUGGACCCCGAGACCGGCGAGGCUUUCGCGUUCCGGUACGGGCCGGUCCCGCCAUUUCUGACCUACUUCCGGUUCAACAAGGAUGGGCAGAAGCAACCGGACGUGCCCAUUUUCUCGAUGGUCCGGCCCUCGUUUCUUCACGACUUCGCCAUCACAAAAAAAUACGCGAUCUUCUCGGACAUACAAAUCGGGAUGAACCCGAUGGACAUGAUAUUCGGAGGCGGAUCACCAGUCGGCACGGACCCAGGCAAGGUGCCCCGGCUCGGGAUCAUCCCUCGGUACGCGAAGGACGAGUCGGAGAUGCGGUGGUUCGACGUCCCGGGGUUCAACAUCAUCCACGCGAUCAACGCGUGGGACGAGGAGGACGGCGACGAGGUGGUGCUGAUCGCGCCGAACAUCAUGUCCGUCGAGCACACGCUCGAGCGGAUGGACCUCAUCCACGCGCUGGUCGAGAAAGUACGCAUCAACCUGAGGACCGGGAUCGUGUCGAGGCAGCCCCUCUCGGCCAGGAACCUCGACUUCGCGGUGAUAAACCCUGGCUACAUGGCGAGGAGGAACAAGUACGUGUACGCGGCCAUCGGGGACCCGAUGCCGAAGGUGUCCGGCGUGGUGAAGCUGGACGUGUCGAGGCCGGACCGCCAGGACUGCACGGCGGCGUGCCGGAUGUUCGGGCCGGGGUGCUACGGGGGCGAGCCGUUCUUCGUGGCGAGGGAGCCGGACAACCCAGCGGCCGAGGAGGACGACGGUUACGUGGUGAGUUACGUGCACGACGAGCGCGGAGGGGAGUCGAGGUUCCUGGUGAUGGAUGCCAAGUCGCCGGAGCUGGAGAUCGUGGCCUCCGUCCGGCUACCCAGGAGGGUGCCGUACGGGUUUCAUGGGCUUUUCGUGAGGGAGAGCCACCUCAACAUAGCAUAGUGUUCAUAGAAUGAGGUGAUGAAGUGACACGUGAAGCCCGGUGAAGGUACACAGAUUGGGUUUUAUUAUAGGAUUUUACAUAGUCUACAACAAAAAUGAAACAUGAUAUACACCAGCGCCAGUUACAGGAAAAUGGAAAAUUUUAUAGACAGGCUAUAUGUCACGGCUAAAUUACGUGA